GGUUUCUCUGGAGUUCCUUUGGGCUGUUAGGGGUGUGUGCUUGAUUGAUUGGGGUUUUGGGGUGGACGAACCAGUUUGCGGCGAUAAUGGGGUUGUGGAGGACCUUCUUUUUUGACUUUGGCUUCUUCUUUACUUUGGAGAUUGAGGACUUGUUCUUCUUCUUCUGGAGUUCGCGGCCCAUGAUUGCGGUUGGAUAGGGUUGUGGCGGAGAGAAUCAAAAAUCUGGGGUUGGGUUGAAGAAAUCGAGGCCCGCGAAAUCUUGGCUCAGCCCCACGGUCGACUUCACAGGCGUCAGACCCCUCUGCAGCACCCCUGAAGGCAUUGCUCGCUCUCCUGCAGCUCAUAUAUCCGCAACAAUGCCUUCCCGCAUAUCUCUGCUGUUAUGUGCAGUCAUUGCCUCCAUUCUUGUGUGUCAAACGUAUGCUCACAUUUUUGAAAGUAAAGAUGCAUCUGUGGCAUCGUUGAGCGUCGCGGAGAUCGAGGAUAAGCUUCAGGAAUGCCCCCUCGUGCAAGCUCUCAACCAGCACAAAGUCGCUACCCACCCACCAACCCCAAGCGUAACAUCUCGUAUAUUCGCUGUCCUCUUCCCCGGUAGCCCAGCAGUGAACGCCCUGCUCGCAACCCUCUACAUCUCCGGCCCACCCAACUUCCUCCUAGCACUAUGCCCGCCAAACAUCGACCCCUCGUCACUGAGUGUUAUGGUCGCUUUCGCCGUGGGCGGAUUGCUUGGAGAUACCCUAUUCCACCUUCUACCUGAGAUAUUCCUCGGCGAAGAUGCCGAAGAGCACGUCCGAUUCGUCAUGGUGGAGCCGAACAAGAAUCUCCUCCUCGGCGUAGCCAUCAUGGUCGGCUUCCUGACCUUCGUAGCUAUGGACAAAGGCCUACGAAUUGCUACCGGCGGCGAAGACCCCCACGACCACAGCCACGCCCACGGGAAAGUCGAAGGCGGCGAGAAAGCCGCCGCCAGCGGCGCUGACACAGCCAAGUCCUCCACCCUCCGCUCCCGCAAACCCACCAAAGACACCCCGCUCCCUACCCCUCCCGCCAAAGAAGUGAAUCCCUCCGCCAAACUCGGCGGCUACCUCAACCUCAUCGCCGACUUCACGCACAACAUCACGGAUGGCCUCGCCCUCUCCUCCUCCUUCUACGCCAGCCCCACCAUCGGCGCCACCACCACCGUCGCCGUCUUCUUCCACGAAAUCCCCCACGAAGUCGGCGACUUCGCCCUGCUGAUCCAAUCCGGCUUCUCCAAGCGCGCGGCCAUGGGCGCGCAGUUCGUCACCGCCAUCGGCGCCUUCCUCGGGACAUGCGUCGGGAUCGCGGUGCAGGAAUUCGGGGGAUCGUCGAGCGGGUCAGGGGCUGUAGGGGGCGAGGUGCAGGCGGGGUUGUACGGCACGAGUCUGCAGUGGGGGGACCUGCUGCUGCCGUUCACGGCGGGCACGUUCCUGUAUGUGGGGACCGUGGCGGUGAUUCCGGAGCUGCUGGAGACGGGGCCGAAUAAGGGGGAGGAGCUGCGGAAGACGCUGACGCAGUUUUUGGCCAUGUUUACGGGCGCGGGGAUCAUGCUUGCGAUUUCGUGGUCGUAGGUCUGCAUAGCGAUGAGCGUUGGAUUUGGGCAAUAGAGUAUGUGGCAUGGCUUGUGGGCAUAUGAUGGUGUAGAUGGUCGGUCGGCAUAGAGUAUCAUGAAAUAUCGUGGAGCGGAGUUUCAGAAGAGUAUCGCACGUACAUGUUUGUAGUGCAAGGUGAAUUUCAAAGUUCGAAGUCUGGAUUGUGGGGCAUCAUCUGGAGCUCAAUGGUCCAUCCUCCAUGAAUCCGGAAGACAUAUCAAAUCGCAGUAUAUGCGGGGCUGGAGCGGAGAAUCACCAAGGAAUACUCAAUGCAUAAUUAGAACUUAUUUGUGGACACCCAUUGCAUUCGCUAUGUAUUCCCCCCGUCUAACCUCCGUGUUGAAAAGCCGCAAGGCUACCUAUGUAGUCGCAAGCGAGCCGAAAGGGUAUAUAAAGAAG